AUGCGUCUUUGGAAAAGAAGAGACGAACUCGUGGAAUUCGCAGAUCCGGUGUCGAUUGCCUCUGAUUUUCGCACGUUGGCGUACAUAACAGACAUGGACAAGAGAAAAGUGGAAAUAGUUGGAACAAAUAAGUCUCGUGACCGAAUAAUCGUUGUCUCAAAGAAAAAGGACGUAUACGAAAUAGAAACCAUAGCAACCACCACUGAAACCAUAGACUACAUUGCAUCAGUAGACAUAAUAAAGAAUGGCAUAAGAGAGUAUUUGGUGUACUCUAAAGGAAUAAGUGGGUUUAACAUAUUCACUGUAGACGCACGGGGAAGGGAGACACCCAUAGGGCACUCUGAUAGCAUGCCAUUUUUAGUGAGCUAUGAGGGGCUGAACCCAUUUUUGUUCACACAGCUGGAUGGCAAGACCAUUUUUAUAGAUGUAAUUGAAGGCACCUCUCAUUCUAAUAAGACUCCGUUUGGAAUCCUUCGGAAUAAUCACUCCUCUGGGUUUAUAGAUGUUUCUGGGGAUGGCGUGGCAGACUUAGUUCUGGACACGGUGAAGAAUGGCAGGAGAAUUAUUGAAAUUUGGCAAAUGAACGAGUCUAAAUAUACGUUGGAAUGCUCGUUUGAAAUUCGAGGAGAGACUGGGCCGUUUGUGUUUGGUGAUUUCACUGGGACAGGCUCUGUGGAUAUUCUGUACCUCUCCAAUGGGGGGCUGCCUUCCAUAAAUAUUAUACCAAACAGAAGGCUUCCGUACUGCACCGAUUUAAUAAGGAAUAACUGCCUAAAGAAAGACAGUAUUAUGAAAAGCACUGAUGUAUUUGGGUAUGACUCUAAGGAUAUAAUUAAGUAUCCAGUGAAGGAUAUUUAUGAGUUCAGCCUUUACACAGAAGACGGCCCUGUCUUCCCAAGUGUGCUGGAUAUAAACAGCAACACAUACCCAGACAUUCUUACAGUAGCACGGAAUAAGCGCGAUGGACUAUUAAAGCCGAUGCUAUUCCUUAACACAAACGGGUCUGGAUUUGAGAAUGAAGAUGUCUUUGAGGACUGCCCAGGGCCGGCGCAGAGUGUUUCUUUCUACCGACAGGAUAAGGGCAUUUGGACUGUUCUAGAAACAAAAACCAUAAACGACCAGCCUAGCUUAUACAUAUAUAGGAACAACUCAGAUAUUUCUGGGUACUAUCUAAGCAUAGCCGCAAAUAUUCAGACACCUUCAUUAACUGCACCCGCCGUUGGUGCAAGCCAUGCGUGUAGAAUUGCUGAGACGGGAAGGGUGAUAGUUGGGUUCUACCCACCACAGACAGGAUAUACUACUCUUCAAUCUCCAGUUAUUAUGAUGGGGCUUGGUACUACAAAUGUGUUUGUCGGUUCAUUCCAUUCAAGAAUCCCGAGUAAUGAUUACCUCCCUGGGCACAUUCAGGAUAAAAUAGUCCCAAACUCUGAGCUGGUUGUAGAGGCAACCCCAGAUAAGCAAACACUAAAAACCUCACUUUACUUAAACACAAAUGCAUAUUGGCCCCUUGCAAUUCCAAUUAUUCUUAGUAUUCUGUUUGUUUUGGUAAUUAUUACAGCGUACUUCUCACUCAAAACCAGAAAAGGCACUAAACAUAAUAUGAGAAGAACCAGAUAUGACGUGGCAUUCCGUGCAUUGUAAAUUUCUUUGAUAAGAACAAGAAAUCUAAAAUAAAC